AUGUCGUCCAGGCUGCCUCCUGCUGCCUUCAGCCUCAGACAGUUCCUCCUCAGGCAGCAGGUUCUCAGUCUUUACCGGAGGAUCCUUCGAGGUGUGCGGCAGAUCCCAGACCCCGCUGACCGGCGCUAUAUGAAGGACUGGGCUCGAGGGGAGUUCCGCAGGAAUCAGACGGCCACUGAUGAGGUCACCAUACGGAUGAUGAUCACACAAGGACAGCAGCAGGUGCAGGAACUAGAGAGAGCUCUUAAGCUGGCCAAGUCAUAG